UUACUUCCACACUUUUUCAAGCGUUCCUAUGGAUCGCGGGAGCUGUCGUUAAAGCGUCUAGACAGUUUUAACCUUCACAUCAUGUUUUUAUCAUCAUAAUAUCGCGCAUUACAAGGACAUAUAAACCACAUCAAUCGAUUAUGUCGACCGAUUAUGUUUCAUUUGUUUUGUAACUAUAUAUUUAGCAGAUUCAGAAGUUGUUAAGCUAGUCAGCGAGAGCUAUUACUCAGGACUGCGAGAGUUUGCUCGAUUAAACCAUGGCAGACGCCAACAGCGGAGACAAGACGGAUGACAACGAGCCGAGGGGAGCUACAGGUGGUGAAGAUGUCGUAGAUGAUGCAAUCAUUCAGCAAAGCGCAGUUCUACUAAGAGGGUAUGUUAUUGAGAGAAUUCAAGUAGAAGACCCCGCCAUGCAUGUGGGCCACGAGGAUCUAGGAGGAAGACCUCAUGAUGGAGAGGAUCCUCAGAUCAAAGAGGUUGUUGGUCAGCUGUUGAAGAUAGCUGAUGAUCUGAACAGGAAUGCAGAGCUUCAACAUCUCAUCAGCACCGUGCAGGCUAACUGUGCUCAGGACGUCUUCAUGACAGUAGCCAGAAGCAUCUUUGAAGAUGGCAUUAACGUGGGACGCAUCGUGGCUCUAUUUCACCUUGCUUAUAGACUCAUUUACAAGGCAUUGACUCAGAACCACUUUGAAAUUGUCAGGAGGAUCAUUAGCUGGGUUUUACAGUUUAUCAGGGAAAACAUUUCUGCCUGGAUCAGAGCUCAAGGAGGAUGGGAAGGAGUUAUUCAUAGCGUGUCCAGAUGGCGUACCGUGUCCUGCAUCGCUGCGGUGGCGUUCAUCGUAGCCGUUGUUUACUGGAGACGAAGUCGCUAAAAGUAAAAGUGAUGUCAGAUUCUCAAAGCUUUCAGGUGUGAAAACGCAAAAGCAAUACACUGUCUAAUUGGUGCGAUAAAAUGGACCAAUCAAUCAAGCGUCAUGUGGAACAAUUAUGCGUCAUGUAACCUAAAAAUGUGUAAAUGUUUGCACUCCUUGUUGUGAAUUUUGUUUAUCUGUCUACUGUUUCUCUGUUAAAAUGUUUGUAUUUCAGUGCAACUAUGUGACGACACAUCUCUUGCCUUGAUAUAUUUAUUUACAAGCAUUUGUAGCUUAAUUCAAUGGUUUUAAUACACAGCACUAUUUCUCCAUCAGUGCCUUUUAUUAUGAGGAGUUUUGUAAUGUAUCAACUUUUUAACGUGCCAUGAAAGAUGCCGGGCCUACCUCCAAUCAACUAAAUACACAAGACCACAUGUUUACCUUUUGAUUUUGUUUUAAAUGUCAUCAGAAAUAGUGAAAGAGAAGCGUACGUGAAAAUAUGAAAUAUAUUAGACCUGUUUUUACGGGUGUUUAAAAAACAGCUAAAAGGGAUUCAUUGACUAAGGGAUGUUGUGAGAUUUAGGGAAUAUGAACGGUUCUUGCACACAAUUCUUGAAAUAAAUAAGAGGAAUUAUCGGGAAA